CAUGGCCUCGGAAUCGGACGUGCGCGCCCAGCUCCAGCGCGCGGGCCAGGAGCAUCUUAUGCGCUUCUGGGCCGAGCUGGCCCCGGGGCCGCGCGCCGCGCUGCUGGCUGAGCUGGCGCCGCUCGAGCCCGACGCGCUGCGCGAGCAUUGUAGACGMGCGGCGGCGGCCUGGGCACGCGCCUCCGGCCCGCCACCCGGCCUGGCCGCGCGCCUGCAGCCCCUGCCUCCGGAGCGCGUGGGCCGCGCGAGGCUCUGCGACCCCGAGACCCGGCGGCGUUGGGAGGAGGAAGGUUUCCGCCAGAUUGCCCUGAACAAGGUGGCAGUCCUGCUGCUGGCUGGCGGGCAGGGCACUCGGCUGGGUGUCACCUACCCCAAGGGCAUGUAUGAUGUGGGGCUGCCCAGCCAGAAGACCCUGUACCAGCUGCAGGCGGAACGCAUCCGGCGGGUGGAGCAGUUGGCUGGCGAGCGCCAUGGGACUCACUGCACCGUGCCUUGGUACAUCAUGACCAGUGAGUUCACACUGGGGCCCACUGCCAAGUUCUUCAAGGAGCAUGACUUUUUCCACCUGGAUCCAGCCAACGUGGUCCUGUUUGAACAGCGCAUGCUACCUGCUGUGACCUUCGAGGGCAGGGCCAUCCUGGAGCGGAAAGACAAAGUUGCCAUGGCUCCAGAUGGCAACGGGGGUCUCUACUGUGCUCUAGAGGACCACCGUAUCCUGCAGGACAUGGAGCUUCGGGGAGUGGAGUUUGUGCAUGUGUACUGUGUGGACAACAUUCUGGUGCGGCUGGCUGACCCCGUCUUUAUUGGCUUCUGUGUGCUGCAGGGUGCCGACUGUGGGGCCAAGGUGGUGGAAAAGGCGUACCCUGAGGAACCUGUGGGCGUGGUGUGUCAGCUGGACGGGGUUCCCCAAGUGGUGGAGUACAGUGAGAUCAACCCUGAGGUCGCCCAUCUGCGUGGCACUGAUGGUGGCCUGAUUUACAAUGCAGGCAACAUAUGCAAUCACUUCUUCACCCGCGACUUCCUCCAGACCAUCACCAGGGACUGUGAGCCCCUGCUACAGCCACACGUGGCUGUGAAGAAGGUUCCCUACGUGGAUGAGGGGGGAAACCUGGUGAUGCCGCUGAAGCCAAACGGCAUCAAGAUGGAGAAGUUCGUGUUUGAUGUGUUCCCAUUUGCUAGGAACUUUGUUGCCUUUGAAGUGCUUCGGGAGGAGGAGUUUUCCCCGCUGAAGAAUGCUGAGGCGGCCAGCAGGGACAACCCUUCCUCCGCCAGGCGGGCCCUGCUUGCUCAGCACUACCGGUGGGCUCUGCAGGCCGGGGCCCGCUUCCUGGAUGCACAUGGGGCCCAGCUUCCUGCACUGUCCUGCUUACCCCCAGAUGGAGACCCUCCGGCCAUCUGUGAGAUAUCGCCCUUGGUGUCUUACUCUGGAGAGGGUUUGGAAAUGUACCUGCAAGGCCGGGAGCUGCAGUCCCCGUUCAUCCUGGAUGAGGAGCAGGCCAGGGUUCUGCGGCUGCAGGAGAUGUGACUCUCCCAGGCCUGCAGCACGGAAGCCCUUGGGUGGAGACGCAGCCGUGUUCUGCGACCCCUUGGAAGGCAGACUGCUGUGCACCUUCAGCCUGCAGAACCCAGAAGGGAAGAUGCUCCUCCACUGAAUGAGAUGCCCCCUCCUCCGUCACCUGCAGACACAAGUGACCACCAGCCUGCCAUGGGCUUUUGGCUUCGUUUCUGGCACUGGGAUCUGGCUGGGAGGCCAAGGGUUUCAGGACCUUGGAGAAUGAUACUGAAAAGAGGCGUCAGGUGGGGUAGGAGGGAUGUGUGCAUCUGGAGAGCCCAGUGGUGGGGAUGACCCUGUCUGUCUGGAAGCCACUCUGACUGACGUGUAGGCCCAGCACAUUCUCGGCAGAGAUGGGGAAGGCACGCUGGCUGUGGCUGAGGCACUGUUGGGACUUCAGAUGGGGAAAUGGAACGAGCUGACAGGUCUUAUUGCCCCAAAGGGGCUUGUUAAGGGGCUGUCCCUUCCCUCCUUGGCAGCUGAACCAGUAACGGGCGAGGCUGGGGUCCUCACCCUGCAUGGCACAUGGAGGCCGACAGGAGGUCUGGCUGUCCACAGCAAAGGCUCUGAGCAGCUGGGCUGCACACGGACUCCUCCCUUGCUCUUGGUCAUGUCUAUAGGGCUGUGGCUGCAGAUUGAGUGCUUCCCCCCCAGGAACCAAUGAGGCCAGUGCUGGGGACCCCCUGGGUGGUUGCUCAUUAGUCACAAUCAGCUGGGUCAGGAGUGCAGCUCUUGCCCUGCCUACCUGCAGCUUUUGACAGAUCCUGGUGCUUGGGCUCCUCCAGGCUCUUGGGGACACUGACUCAGCCCCCCUUUGGUGCUCUAGCCCUCUCCUGUGCUCUGAAUGAGGCUCCAUCUUCACCAGCAUCACCCACCCUCCACUGUGGGAAGUGUCCUGCGCUGUCAUGGCCACUGGCCCCAGCCCUGCAGCCCCCACUCAUCCCUGUCUGGAAGCUGGACCCCUACGGGGCAUGCCUGUCCGCCCAGCCUGAGCAAGAGGGCCGUGUGAGGCCCAUGCCUUUCCACCUGUGCUUGGUGCCCCACGGUGGUAUCACUGCAAACCUCAGCAGAUCACGUCCCUUAGCACCUUGUUGUAGCUGCUGCACAGGCGAAUAGAGGGCCCAGGGCAGGAGACGAGCCUCAGGACCCCGUCCUGCCCACGGCUGUGCCUCAUGACCAUGACUGGAACCAUUAUGAAACCUUUUGUAUACAAGUACAGUUAGUUGGGUAAAUUCUUGGAAGAACUAAAAAGAAAAAAACUCGAUUACUCCUCCACAUGGGUACAAGGACAGGGAGGUCUCAUGUGCUUACCCAGCUUCCCCCGUAUUGGGUGCCUUUGUUUUUGUCUUUGGGUGCUGGGGAUUGACCCAGGGGUGCUCUUUCACUGAGCUAUAUCCCAGCCCUUUUUAU